AUGCCUAAAGCAGGUCUUGGGAUGGUUCUGGAGCCCACCCUGCCAGUCACCUUCAGGGGAUAAGCAGGAGUGUCAUGUAAAAGCAACAUUUUCAUGUGAAAACAGAAAAUGGCUUCAAGAGGAACAACAGAGACCAGUAAACUAAAACAAAACUUGGAGGAGCAGUUGGACAGAUUAAUGCAACAACUUCAAGAUCUGGAAGAGUGCAGAGAGGAGCUGGAUGCAGAUGAGUAUGAAGAGACCAAAAAAGAAACUCUUGAGCAGCUGAGUGAGUUCAAUGACUCCCUGAAGAAGAUUAUGUCUGGAGAUAUGACUUUGGUGGAUGAGCUCAGUGGCAUGCAACUGGCAAUACAAGCAGCCAUCAGCCAAGCAUUUAAAACUCCAGAAGUGAUUAGGAUGUUUGCAAAGAAGCAGCCGAGGCAAUUGAGGACAAGACUGGCAGAGAUGGACAGAGACUUAAUGGUUGGGAAGUUGCCACGAGACCUGUACACCCAACAGAAACUGGAAAUCCUGACUGCCCUCAGAAAGCUGGGUGAGAAGCUCACUGGUGAUGAUGAGAUGUUCUUGUCAACAAAUGCUGGUACAGCCCUGAGCCAAUUUGAGAGAGUUUCCACUGACCUGGGAUCAGGAGACAAGGUCUUUGCUCUUGCAAGUGUUGAAGUAGAAAAGGCAAAACAAUGAAGAGGUUCGUGAGGCUUGUGUCUCCAGUUAUCAGCAGCAUUGGAUUUUGGUCAUACUGCGCUUGGUUUUUCUAUUUUUUACAUGUUGGAAAAAAAAGCAAAGCAAAACAAAAAACCCAAGCCCUAAAUCUCUUGGGUCCUUAAGCAGAAGAUAUGAAGUAAACAGCCUUAAGUGCACUUUGGGACCUUGGUAUCUGUACCCUUUCAGUAAUACAAGCUCUGAGGCUGAACACUAAGAGGAACUCUAAAACAAAAGCAUGGUGUGACUGUCUUUCGAAAGAGUCAGUUGUUUUGAACUUUUCUGAAUGUGUAUUUCUCUAAGUAUUAAAACUUAAUCUUUUUGCAUGUGGUUGUAGCAAGCAGAUCUUUUUGUGAAGUGGUCCCGAUGGUUUUUUUGGGUGAUUCUUCACAUUGUCUUAAUUUUUGUCUGGACUCCCCACUAAGUAGUUUGUGCUAGGAAGGCAUUGAAGCUUUGGAAAAUGGAUGUAGUUUAUUGAAAUGCCAUCUUUCUACAAACUGUUUGCAGAAGACCCAAAAUGAGCCUGGAUGCUGAUCACUGGCCCUUGGCUGCUUGUUUGCCGUGCACAUGAAUGAGCACUUUGUGUCCCAGCCCUGGCUGAGGACAAUGGCAGCCCUGUGGGGAGGCUUCUGGAGUCAUUUAACCUUGUGUAUUGAAAGGACAGGAAUUGAUAGGACAUGGCAGUGAGAUGCUCUUCCUUCAGCUCUGGUGUGUAAAUGCACACUGCUGUUAUUUCAGAGGGGGCAUGAAAUAGCUUGCAAGUAGAAACAAAAAAAGCUCCCGUUAUGACAUCAGUGCAAGUGUUGUUCAGUCUCAGUGGUGGUGCUAUGGAGAGGGGAGGGUCUGUGUCUCCACUGGAUCCUGAAUUAACUAAGCUUAGGAGGAUUUGAAAUCUCAUAGUUGAAUUUUUAGCUCAGAGACUAAGUGGGUAGCAUUGACUAUAAACAGAAAAUUAACGUGGUCAGUCGUCAUUUAGAGUGCACUUACAGGGCAUAAAUACCCUAUAAAUUAGCAAAUUUGUCUAAUUGUAAACUGGGACUGGAGUAGACUAGAAAAUGUGUUUCUAGACUGUAUUUUGCUUUAACAGAUAUACUUUUGACAUCUAGCAUUUAAGAAAUGAAAGGAUACAGGAUAG